AAUCAAUAAUCUAUUAAUAUCUGAUAAUAACGGAUUGAUUAGCUGAUGAAGACGAGAUGUGUCUGCUGGCUCCAUCAUGCAGGUUCUCAGCAAAGAUGCGGCACUGAGCGUGCUCAGAGCCUCGAUCGUUACCAUGACGACGAUAUUUGGCGGCGGGCAGGCGUGCGGCGGGCAGGAUAACUGCUCCGCUCACAGCGAGUCCAAAGCCUACUGCUACUCGGCUCGGAUCCGCAGCACCGUGCUGCAGGGACUGCCGUUCGGAGGAGUGCCGACAGUACUCGCUCUGGACUUCAUGUGCUUCCUGGUGCUGCUCUUUGUCUUCUCCAUCCUGAGGAAGGUGGCGUGGGAUUAUGGCCGCCUGGCGCUGGUCACCGACGCCGACAGGCUGAAGAAGCGGUUCAGCGACAUCGAGGAGCGGGAAUACGUUGCCUCGGCGAUGCACUCGGAGACGCCCGACCGCUACGAACGCCUCACGUCCGUCUCCAGCUCCGUCGACUUCGACCAGAGAGACAACGGUUUCUGCUCGUGGCUGACGGCCAUCUUCAGAAUAAAGGACGAAGAGAUCCGAGAGAAGUGUGGCGAAGACGCAGUGCAUUACCUUUCCUUCCAGAGACACAUCAUCGGCCUGCUAGUGGUGGUCGGUGUUCUGUCUGUCGGCAUCAUCCUACCGGUCAACUUCUCUGGAGACCUGCUGGAGAACAACGCCUACAGCUUUGGACGCACUACAAUAGCCAACCUGAAAUCUGGGACGAAUCUUCUGUGGCUUCACACUUCGUUUGCCUUCAUGUAUCUGCUGCUGACCGUCUACAGCAUGAGGAGACACACGUCUAAGAUGCACUACAAGGAGGACGACCUGGUGAAACGUACUUUAUUCAUUAACGGCAUCUCUAAAUAUGCAGAGGAGAGUCAGAUCAAACAACACUUUGAGCAGGCGUAUGAGAACUGCACCGUGCUGGAGGCUCGAAUCUGUUAUAACGUCGCCAAACUGAUGUCGCUCAACGCAGAAAGGAAGAAGACGGAGCGCAGUAAGAAGUUCUUCACCGACCUGAUGGCGAAGGAGCACGUUCCCACUAUGAUCAACCCCAAACCCUGCGGACACCUCUGCUGCUGCGCCAUCACCGGCUGCGAGGAGGAGGAGGCGGUCAGCUACUACACCAAGAGGGAAUCCAAACUGAAGGAGGAGUACCGGAAGGAGAAGGAGAAAGUCCACACCAAACCUCUGGGAAUGGCCUUCGUAACCUUCCAGAACGAGUCUAUGACGGCCGUUAUUUUGAAGGACUUUAACGCCUGUCAGGUUCAGGGUUGUCUCUGUCGUCAGGAGCCUCGGUCCUCACAGUUCAGCGACGUUCUUCACGUUCACAGCUGGAGCGUUUCGUACGCGCCCGACCCGCUCAACGUCCGCUGGGAACAUCUGUCGCUCGGCGGGAUCUCCUGGUGGAUCCGAUGCUUCAUUAUCAACGUUAUCCUCUUCCUCCUGCUCUUCUUCCUCACCACGCCCGCCAUCAUCAUCUCCACCAUGGACAAGUUCAACGUCACCAAGCCGGUGGAGUAUCUCAACAACCCCAUCGUGACCCAGUUCUUCCCCACUCUGCUGCUCUGGGCUUUCUCUGCUCUGCUGCCAACCAUCGUCUACUACUCGGCUUUCUUUGAGGCUCACUGGACCAGGUCUGGAGAAAACAGGACGACGAUGCAUAAAUGUUACACCUUCCUGAUCUUCAUGGUUCUGCUGCUUCCUUCGCUCGGACUCAGCAGUCUGGAUGUUUUCUUCCGUUGGCUCUUUGAUAAGAAGUUCCUCGCCGACGCUAAAGUCAGAUUUGAGUGCGUCUUCCUGCCGGAUAACGGAGCGUUCUUUGUCAACUACGUGAUCGCCUCAGCGUUCAUCGGAAACGCCAUGGACCUGCUGCGGAUCCCCGGUCUGCUCAUGUACAUGAUCCGCUUGUGUCUGGCUCGCUCCGCCGCCGACCGCCGCAACGUCAAGAGGCAUCAAGCCUACGAGUUCCAGUUCGGAGCCGCGUACGCCUGGAUGAUGAACGUCUUCACCGUGGUGAUGGCCUACAGCAUCACCUGUCCCAUCAUCGUCCCCUUCGGUCUGAUGUACAUGCUGCUGAAACACCUAGUAGACAGAUACAACAUGUACUACGCUUACCUGCCCUCCAAACUGGACAAGAAGAUCCACUCUGGAGCCGUCACCCAGGUGGUGGCUGCACCCAUCCUCUGCCUCUUCUGGCUGCUCUUCUUCUCCACCGUACGCACAGGUUUUGAGACCCCGACCUCCAUGUUCACUCUGGUGGUCCUGAUCGUCACCAUCGUGGUCUGUCUGUCUCACGUCUGCUUCGGACACUUUAAGUACCUCAGCGCUCACAACUACAAGAUUGACACCAAGGAGACGGACGUGGACGCUGUUGAGAACGGACGUCCACCUCGUCCCUCGUCCUCGCCGACCAUCAAGUCUCAGGUCAAUCUUCACUUGUUUGAGCAACAGCAGCAGCAGCAGCAGCAGAUGUACAUCGCUCAGGUACUUCAGGACCCAAACUCAGACGAGCCGGGCGGUGGCAGCGGCGAGGAGGACCGGGGGUCGUCCCAGGACGAAGAGAUGCUGAACGGAGGGAACAGCAUCAACGAGGCGGAUUUCCAGUCAGGGGAGGACAGUCUGAUCGCCAACGAGGUCCACCACUAGCUGGGGGCGGAGCUAGAGGGAAGGGGCGGGGCUGCUGCGUAGAUAUGGAGUUGAGGGUCCAUACACACGCAACCGUUAAAUAAAGCUAACUGUAGAAUCACUACACACACACACACACACACAUAUGUAUAUAUACAUACACAUACAAACACACACAUACAAACACACACACGAUAAAACACAUACAUAUACAUAUAAACACACACACAUACAGAUAGACUGACAUGGUUAGCUCCGCCCCUCCCAGCUCGAAGACUUGACCCUGUACUUUGAAACCGGCGCCGGGUCGCCGACACCCAGUCCUGCACGUCCGCGGAAACAUGAUGGACAUCAAACUGUCUCUGCAGGAAGUCAGUGUACAUAACCACAAAGCCAAAAGUUUUUUCUUUUUCUUUUCUUUUUUCUCGGGGUGGGGGGCGGGGUUUAAAAUUUCGUGCCUGGGCGGGAUUUCGUCUACGUUCGUUCGCACUCGUGUCUUGACUCCUGAUCCCGCCGCAGGUCGCAGGCUCUCGACCUGUUGAGGGGUCAGAGUCGAUGCUGACGCCGUCUUUCCCUUCGGCCUGGUGGACGCCAACAGCUCCAAACGACCGCCGCCGUCGCCGCUUUCCUCCGGAGAAUCGGAGCAACACGAACUUGCCAACCGCCAGCUCUCGUAGUGGUAGAAGCCUCGCUUACGCAGACGCAUCGCAGUCUCCUUUCCCUGUUCGCUUCUUCCCUCUUAUUGUCGUGGAAACUGUGAGUCGUGGAUCAGGCUUUCGCCGGUAUGUUCAACACAUCACCUGAAGUUUUGGGUUUUUUUUAACAAGCCAAGCUUUCGCUGCAUGUUGUCAAAGUGCUGUCUGGAUUAACGUCGCCACUUUUCGGAUGAUGCAAUUCAUCGCAGAACUGUGGUGACCAAUGAAAUCAGCAUUUUCCAGCCCCGAUCUCGGCAGCGCGUCCUCCGACCGGCCGGAUGAGCGUCUUCAUCACUUCGGCUGGACGGCUCCUCGACGGCCGAAACACCGCACUGGACACGAGGAUGCUUUUUCUUUUCUCGUUUUGAUUUCACCUGAACUACCUUAAAUCAUGUACAUUUGACAAAAAGGGAAUGGGGAUGUUUGUGUCUGUGUAGGUUUAGCAAUCAAAACUUUUUUCAUGGACGGGGAGAACUUGGGAACUUUGGGAACAUUGGGAAGACGCUCGGACGCCUCCAGCAGCAGCAGUAGAGUAGUUUGAGCUCCGGUAGACGUCUGGACGGUCUACCUUUCAACGCCUGAAGCUGUCAGGACUCUCAAGGGAAAAUGUUUUCUGUUUGUGUGUUUUUGAAGUGUGCACUGUCCGUGUGUGUGUGUGCGAGUGUGUGAGUGUGUGUGUGUGUGUGUGUGUGUGUGUCCGGUAGCUUAUUGUACACCAACCUGCAUCAUGAAGGGUUAAAAAAUAACGUCACCAGGUAACCAAAAAACACUCCAAUGUUAGUUUGGCUCCUCAAAGCGCUCGUCUGACUACUGUAGAAUUAGUUCAGUGAAACGUUUUAAUGAGUUUAGACUGAAACAUCCAACAUUUCAUCUUCCAAUCAUCCAUCAGUUUUUUGCCGAUUGAUUUUUCUCAGUUUCCGUGACGUGUCCCCAUUAUGCAAAUAUUAACGGACAUCUUCCAUCCAAUCAGAAUCUGGUAUUUUCUGCUGUGUUUAAGUGCGAGAAACAGAUUUCUAUACUCGCUUUUUUAACUACACGUGUCGCAUGAUUGGUUACAACGCUAAGCCCCGCCCCCUUCGUUACCGUUGGUUUCCGGACUCGAAAAUUGAGUCUGCAGAAUAUAAACUGAACUAGUAAAAUGAGGCCAGUCGAGGAGGUUACAUUGAAAUUGUUUGCCCCCUAGUGGAUAAACUGAGUAUUGCCCCCUAGUGGACAAACUGAUAAUGGCUCCAGUGUGCAAACUAAACAGACAUACGAUCAUGUAGACGAGACGCUGUGACACGUGUAGUUAUAAAACACGAGUACGAUGUUCAGCACACUCCCUCCCCGCGUUCCCCUCCCCCCAGUUAUCGGCUGCCAUGGCAACAGGAGCAGGAGGGCCGACCCCCAGCAGCUGACGGGACAAACUGUUACAGAGCAGCGACGUGACGAAAUAGUCUCAGGUGUUUGUUUGUUUAACCUAAAAAAAUAAUAAUGUUUACAUCAGUUUAUGUUGCUCAUUUUAUUUGGACAUGUUCUGCAGUGUGUGUGUGUGUGUGUGUGUGUGUGUGUGCGUGUGUGUGCGUGUGUGUGUGUGUGCGCGUGUGUGUGUGUGGGCACAGAGCUGGACUAUGAAAGCUGCGGUCACCGGAUCGUCUGGUGGCUGCACGCCGGAGAACCUGCAGCGUUUGUGUCCAGGAUGUAUGUUUUUUCUUGGGUUUUUUUCUCUUCACUUCCAGCGGGGCGUCUGCCACCAGGCGCUCCGGCCGUGAUUGUAUGCACAGGAAACAGAAACAGAAGAAGAAGAAGAGCUCACGGUGGAUCUGAGGCCGCAGGUUCAGCUCAGCAGCUCUCAACCCGACAACCACGAGGACUCAUGAAGGUCCCACACACACAAAGUCUCUGCAGAGGAGAGUUCAGUAUUUGGCUUAUUGGGAAACACCACUAUAGUCUGCCCCCUAGUGGACAAACUGAUUAUUACACCACUGUAGUCUGCCCCCUGGUGGACAAACUGAUUAUUACACCAGUGUACUUUGCCCCCUAGUGGACAAACUUAUUAUUACACCAGUGUACUUUGCCCCCUGGUGGACAAACUUAUUAUUACACCAGUGUAGUCUGCCCUCUAGUGGACAAACUGAUUAUUACACCACUGUAGUCUGCCCUCUAGUGGACAAACUGAUUAUUACACCACUGUAGUCUGCCCCCUGGUGGACAAACUGUUCAUUACACAGUGUACUUUGCCCCCUGGUGGACAAACUAAUUAUUACACCACUGUAGUCUGCCCCCUAGUGGACAAUCCUGGUUUAUUACACCAGUGUUUUAGUGCAAUAUUCAGUUUGUCCACUAGGGGGCAAACUACAGCGGUGUAAUAAUGAUGGUUAACUGUGGUCACCACGGUAACAGCACUGGUUAAUUGUUACUUAUUUUUCAGGCUAAUUAGGGCUCUAAUUAGUUAUUUUCAGGAAACGUCAAGAAAAUAAUGAACCUGUAAAAUAAAUGUUUAAUUUCGUCAGUCUUGGAAACACUGAGAAGGUUUUAAUAUGAGAUCUAACUCAAAAUGUGAUUUAACAAAUGUGAUUAAAUAAAUAUUAAUGGUCGAACGUAAUAAAGGACCAGAAUAAGCGUCAGAGUGCAGCUACAGAACAGUAAUAAGUUAACAGCAAUAAUAAGUCAAAUAAAACUAUUAUAAUACAAAAUAUGGAAAAGAUAAAAUGUGAAACACAACGUUUGAUUCUCAGCUGUUUGGACGAGAAACGAAUCGGAUCAUAAAAACUUGUAUAAAAAUAUAAUUUAGCUGCUGAGAAAACAAAAUUAACUAAUGUGAAAACGAUCUGAUUGGUUGAUUAUCCGACUAAUAACAACCGAGCUUCAUCUAUCACGUUUUAUCUCUUUGUCGUAUUUGAUCGGAUCAGUUUAUCGUUGGAUGGACGUUGAACUCUGGGGUCAAAGGUCAGCUCGUUUCCAGGUCUGAGGGUUGAGAGCUGCUGCGUUCACUGACGCCUCGCUGUCGUAGGAAACGAGGACGCUCAGUCGUCCUCUGGAGAGAAAAAAAAAAAAGUCUGUUGGAUAUUUUUGUAACCUGCUGAAGUAUUUGAUACUGAACAUGUAUUAAAGAAAUGUUGAUAGCUGUGACGAUGCCGUUGUAACAUGUAACUAAAACUAAAGGUUUUUAAUAAUCAGACACUGUUUUUUUGGGGUUUUUUUGCUUUUCUUAGUUUUUUAAAAUUGUUGCUGAAGUAAUUUAAAUUAUGAAAAAGAAAGAAUGUGAACUGAAGACAGACUAGUGUGAUGAAAUGAAACGUCGGCUGAAAGCGACUUAAAAUGAAAAAUGUGUAAAAAAAGAAAGAAAAAAAAAAAGGUGUGUAAAUAGCCAUCGAACUGCACUGUCGUCCUCUGAGAGACACGACUCAGCGUCUCAUCUCACUGACUUACAGCUAACAGUCUCUCGGUCCAUUUCAUGCAUUUAAUUUAUUGCUGUGACUCUAUUUAUUUUUACUUUGGGUUCCAGGUUGUAUGUACAGUGAAACAUUUGUCCUAUUUAUGUUUCUUGAUCAAUAAAAUUGGCUUUCAUCUGUC